ACGCCUCCACCGCCCCUGCAGAGCGCGACACCCCAGAUGCGCCUCCACGGCCCGCGCAACCCGCUCGCCGUUCCGGUCGGCCUCGACGGCAAGCGCGACUGGUCGCACGGCCUGUGCGCCUGGUACGAGCGGCCUGCGCUCACGGCCGAGGCCAUGUGCUGCCCGUGCCUCGUCUUCAACCACAAUCGCGAGCGCCUCGUGCACCUGACCCAGACGGGCGAGCCGCACCCGGACCCGUCGCGCCUCGGCCUGUGGACCUGCCUGUACGCCCUCGCGCCCCAGCUCGGCGGCAUCGGCCAGGUCGCGCUCCAGUGCGUCGCCCGCUUCCACACGCGCCAGCGCUACGCCGUGCGCGGCAACGCCGUCGAGGACGUUCUCGUCGGCGCGUUCUGCACGACGUGCUCGCUCGUCCAGGAGUCGCGCGAGCUCGAAGGCGAGGAGCAGGCUCUCCGUGCCGAGGGCGGCGGUGCCGUCGCGCCGCAGCAGUACUACCGUGACGAGGCGGGCGACGCUCAGGCCUGA